UCCUCACAAUGAGUUCUAGAAAUCAUUUCAAUAAUAAUUAUAACAAUAAUGAAGAGAAUACUGUGAAACUGAGGCGAACUAAUUCAGUGACCAGACUCUCGGAGAUCAAGGACUCCGAACGCAAGGCCAGAAAACAACAGGCAGACCAACCAGUUCACGAGCCGAAGGACUCGCUGUUCAGUUCGUCCAGCGGUUACACCAACUAUAGAGGACUUCUCAAUCUCUGCAUUAUAUUACUC